GGCCGCGAGCCGAGUUAUACCGUUAGAUUAGCCGAACGCGCGCGUUUUUCCCACGACCACAACACAUUAACUAACCACCAUGAAGGAUCUCAAGAUGCACUGCCUCCUAGUGGUAGGAAUUAUCGGUUCUGUCGUUGCCUUUCCGGAUGGAGCUCCGUCGGAUACGUGUGUGAAGCAGCGAGCGAAUCAACCCAAUCAUGGAAAGGCCAGAAGUCAGCCGGCUCACUCCAAUCCCUUCGAGGUUGUGGCCGAUUCCCAGACCUAUCAUCCCGGCCAACAGAUAUCGGUGGUUGUGUAUCCGCACUCGGAUCAGAGCACCGUUUUCCGAGGCUUCUUCCUCCAGGCAAGGGAUGCCAAUUCGAACGAGUGGAUCGGGGAGUGGGUGCAGAGCGAGAACACCAAGACUAUUCCAGAGUGCUCUGCCAUAACGCAUUCGGAUAAUCGGGAUAAGCUGGGAGCCAAGCUGAUUUGGAAGGCUCCCCAAAAUAAGCGAGGAAACGUUUACUUUACGGGCACUGUGCUACAGGAGUACGGCACCUUCUGGAGCGACAUCGUUAACAAAGUACAGGCGGAGCCGCAAUAACUGAAAUUAUGUACUUAGUUAUAAGACAGCUGAACCGACCCAACCAAUCAGCCGGGCAAUAAAUCUUAAAAACCCUAA